GGCAGUAUACCGCCCCCCUAAAAUCCUGCCGCCCUAGGCCCGGGCGGCUUUCCACAAAUCCGGGCCUGGGUGGGUGCAGAGGCCCCAGUAUUACUACAAGGAACAGGGAGAAGUUACAGCCUGUGAGAGAGAAGUGCUAAUGUUCAUGGGCCUGGAACUGGGAAGAGCUGACACUUUGGGUCUUUGUGUGCAUGCACUGUGCCUGUUGGGAAAUACGUAAUUAACUCUAUAAUAUCGUCACAUUAAUUUCAUAUGGGUAUUUACUGAAUAAUGAAAAAUAAAUGAGAGCUUAAAGGGUUAACAGUCUAAAGUCCACAGUAUAAACUUGCCCCACCCUAUGUGAGAGGGUGAGAUAGAACAAGUUGCAAAGAGAGAGUAAAGUUCAGUUUCGUUUCUUGUUCCUGAUUUCAGUGAUGGCGGCUGCUGAUCUGAGAGCUGAGCUGAGCUGCUCCAUCUGCCUGAGCAUUUAUACUGAUCCUGUAUCCCUGCCGUGUGGCCAUAACUUCUGCCAGGUCUGUAUUGGGACAACAUGGGACACCCAGGAGGGAUCUGGGGCUUAUUCCUGCCCUGAAUGUAGAGCAGAGUAUCAGGAGCGCCCUGCCCUGCUCAGGAACAGAACUCUGGGUAACAUAGCAGAGAGAUUCCUUCCAACUGAGACAGAGCCGGGGGAGACUGGGAUCUUCUGCACCUACUGUGUCCUCUCUCCUGUACCUGCUGCUAAAUCCUGUCUCCUGUGUGAGGCUUCUCUGUGUGAUACCCACCUGAGGGGGCACAGCCAGUCAGCAGAACAUGUACUGACCCAACCCACCGACUCCUUUAUGGGGAGAAAAUGUUCUGUACACAAUGAGCUCCUAAAGUAUUACUGCUGUGAGGAGUCUGUCUGUGUCUGUGUGUCCUGCUGUCUGGCCGGAGAGCACAGGGGCCACAGGGUGGAGCUGCUGAGUGAGGCCUCUGAGAAGAAGAAAGAGACACUGAGGAAAGUUCUGGAGAAACUGAGGCCAGAGAGAGAGGAGACUGAGAGAGGAGCCCAGAGACUGCAGGAGCGCAGGAGAGAAGUGGCAGAAAAAGCAGCCGGUGAGACAGAGAGAGUCGCUGCCCUGUUUAGAGACAUCAGGGAACAGCUGGAAGCCCUAGAGAAGCGACUCCUGAGUGACAUCUCCAGCCAGAAAGAGAAGCUCUCACUCACACUCACUGAUCUGAUGGAGCAGCUGGAAAUAAAGAAGGACGAGCUGUCCAGGAAGAUCCAUCACAUUGAGGAGCUGUGCAACAUGGCAGAUCCACUCACUGUCCUACAGGAACGGGAAUCACAUGGAGCUGCAGAUAAUGAGGGGGGCAGAGAGAGACAUGAUAUAAAGGUCCCUGCUGUAGGGGAUCUGGAUGUGGAUCUGAUCUCAGAGACAUUACUCACAGGCUUAGCUGCCAUUGUGACUGGGGUAAAGGGAAGGAUCUAUGGGCAGGAGGCUACAGACCUGUUACUGGAUAUAAACACGGCUGGGAAUCUUGUAUCUGUAUCAGGGGACAGGAAAUCUGCUUCCUACUCACUCACAGACCAACGUCACCCACAAACCCCAGAGAGAUUUCAGGAUUAUCCUCAGACUUUAAGCAGCAGGAGUUUCCCCUCAGGGCGACAUUACUGGGAAGUGGAGGUCAGUGAAUCAGGGAACUGGGGGGUAGCGGUGGCCUAUCCCAGUAUAAAGAGGAGAGGGGGUCAGUCCUGGAUUGGGAAUAAUAAUAAGUCCUGGUGUUUGUGCAGAUGGAAUAAUAACUAUACAGUGAGACAUGACAGUAAAGACACAAAGUUACCCCACGUCUCUUCCUGCAGGAGAAUCAGGAUCUCAUUGGACUAUGAGGCCGGACGUCUGUCCUUUUAUGAGCUGAGUGAGCCAAUCAGACACUUACACACCUUCACUGCCACAUUCACUGAGCCCCUUCAUGCUGCAUUCAGGGUAUGGGAGAGUGAUACCUGGGUGAGAAUCAUUAGUUAGGAAGCCCAUUCCCAGAGUUGCCCUUAUCCCAGUGAUGCCAAGAAAGGAAGAAAAUGUUGGUGCCAUGUUAAUGAUGGACAGUCUCCCUUAUCAAAUACUUUGUGGGUAUUUUAACUAAGUGGGGCAAUGAUGUGCAAUUAUUGAAGUUUGAUUAUUGGAACAAAAUUGCUCAGGACUUGGGGGUCUUCUUAGUGCUGAACUGUAUAUCUCUGUAAUCACUUUAUAUAAAGCUCAGUACUUAAUUCAGUUGUUAUGUGUGUGAGUGUUUAAAGGACACCUGCUAGGCAAAAAUAUUUCCUAACCAAAGGUACAGGCUAAUAGAGUAGGGUGUUUUUUAAAAAAAUAAUUAGCCCCUCCAGUGCUAGGUGUUUCAUACAUGAAAGGAGCUCCUAGUGUGAGCAGCCAUGUUAUAUAGAGCACAUGCACAUGAUGAGCUUUGUCUGUGCCCAAUAUGGCCGCUCAAACCCUCCUGGUGCUGGCGGGGGGGAUUU